AGCCAGCGAGCGGGCGCGGCCGUGAGCCCGCAGCCCUGGCGUCCGCUGCUGCCCCGAGCCCCGCAAUAUGCCGCCGCGGCCCGCUGGCUCUUGGCCAUGGCGAGGCUGUGCCGACGCGUCCCUUGCACCCUGCUCCUCGGCCUGGCGGUCGUGCUGCUGAAGGCGCGGCCGGUCCCCGCGGCCGCCAGAGCCGAGCUCAGCCGCUCGGACCUCAGCCUCAUCCAGCAGCAGCAGCAGCAGCAGCAGCAGCAGCAGCAGCGGGAGGAAGCUGAGGAGGAGAAGCCAGAGCUGCCGGUGGCAUCCUCCAACGUGACGGUUCCAGUAUCUGUAUUUAUGCUGAAAGUCCAGGUGAAUGACAUCAUCAGUCAUCAGUACCUGAGUCAAGCUGUUGUAGAAGUGUUUGUAAACUACAAGAAGACAAAUUCCACACUAACUAAAAAUAAUGGAGCAGUGUUCAUAAACGUACCCUAUAAACUAGGGCUCAGCUUAACUAUUAUUGCCUACAAAGAUGGCUACGUGUUGACACCACUGCCUUGGAAGACUGGAAGAAUGCCAAUAUAUUCAUCAGUUACACUUUCACUGUUCCCGCAAAACCAAGCAAAUAUAUGGCUAUUUGAAGACACUGUUUUAAUUACUGGAAAAUUAGCUGAUGCCAAAUCUCAACCAAGUGUUCAGUUUUCAAAAGCCUUGAUUAAACUACCCACCAACCAUCAUAUUAGCAACAUUACAGGAUAUCUUACAGUCCUACAACAAUUUUUGAAAGUGGACAAUUUUCUGUAUACAACUGGAAUUAUUCUCAAUAAAUCAGGUUUUGAAAGCAUUGAAUUGACUCCUCUUGCUGCAAUAUGUGUGAAAAUUUAUUCUGGAGGAAAAGAAUUAAAGGUGGAUGGUGCUAUUCAAAUUUCUCUCCCCCUUCUACAUACAAAUGGUAUAAAUGCAGGGGAUCAUAUACCUGCCUGGACAUUUGAUAUGACUACAGGUGCUUGGGUAAAUCAUGGCCAAGGAACGGUCAAGGAAUAUAGCAGUCAUUUAAUUUGGACCUAUGACGCACCACAUUUGGGCUACUGGUUAGCAGCUCCACGUCCAGGAACUAAAGGUAUAAAUGAAGAUUCCAAGAACAUAACUGCCUACCACACAGUGUUUCUUACAGCCAUAUUAGGGGGAACAAUAGUCAUUGUCAUUGGAUUUUUUGCUAUCCUUCUUUGUUAUUGCAGGGAUAAGUGUGGUGGUUCACAGAAAAGAGAAAGAAAUAUCACUAAACUUGAGGUCCUCAAGAGAGACCAGACAACUUCAACGACACACAUAAAUCAUAUCAGUUCCGUCAAAGUUGCAAUAAAAGCUGAGGACAAGUCACAGUUGUUCAACUCCAAAAACUCCUCAUACAGCCCUCAAAAGAGGGAACCACCAAAGGCAGAAACAGAAGAAAGAGUUUCCAUGGUGAAAACCAGGGAUAAUUUUAGAAUCUACAAUGAAGACGUUUCAUUUCUGUCAAUCCAUCAAAAUAAUUAUGCAAGAAACCCAGCACAGUCUUUGGAGCCCAAUGUUGUGUCCAAACAAACUAAACAUAUUAACAACAAUCUUUCUCCAUCUCUAGGUGAUGCUAAAGAAGAAAACAGGUAUCUCACAGGUAAUGAAGAGGUGUUUGGGCAUUCCCACAUUCCGGAACAGCUCAUGCAUAUCUAUAGCCAACCCAUUGCUAUCCUUCAAACAUCUGACCUUUUCUCCACUCCAGAGCAGUUACAUACUGCUAAGUCAGCUACUUUGCCAAGAAAGGGACAGUUAGUCUAUGGCCAAUUGAUGGAACCAGUAAACAGAGAGAACUUUACACAGACACUACCCAAAAUGCCAAUGCAUUCUCUUGCACAGCCCCCAGAUGCCAGGGAAGAGAAUAUUGUACUUGAAGGUCAGCAGAGCUUGCCAUCCCAAACUUCAGAUUGGAGCCGAUAUUCUAACAGCUUACUAGAAUCUGUCUCUGUUCCUGGAACACUAAAUGAAGCUGUUGUAAUGACUCCAUUUUCCUCGGAGCUUCAGGGAAUUUCAGAGCAGACCCUCCUGGAGCUGUCCAAAGGAAAGCCCUCCCCCCAUCCCAGAGCCUGGUUUGUGUCUCUUGAUGGAAAGCCAGUUGCACAAGUGAGGCAUUCCUUUAUAGACCUGAAAAGGGGCAAGAGAACCCAGAGCAAUGACACGAGUUUGGACUCUGGAGUGGACAUGAAUGAGCAUCACUUGAGUAGGAAGCUUGAGAGGGAGAAAACCUUCAUCAAAAGCAUGCAUCAACCUAAGAUACUUUACUUAGAAGAUUUAGACCUGAGCAGUAGUGAGAGUGGAACCACUGUCUGUUCCCCUGAGGACCCAGCCUUAAGGCACAUACUAGAUGGAGGGAGUGGAGCUAUCAUAGAGCACCCAAUGGAAGAGUCCCCAGGAAGAAAAAGCACUGUUGAAGAUUUUGAAGCCAACACAUCUCCCACUAAAAAACGGGGAAGACCACCACUAGCCAAAAGAGAUAGCAAGACUAAUAUCUGGAAGAAGCGAGAAGAACGCCCACUAAUUCCCAUAAAUUAACACACAUGGGUAGUUGUGUUCUGAUGUCUUGUGCUGUUCUUGCUUCUUGUUGUAAACUGCCAUAUGAACUUGUUGAGAAGUUGAGACUGGGCAAUCUCAUGGUCCCUGGACGUGUCUCAAGCAGAGUAAAUAGCAAAAUGAUAAUGCAGUUAUCAGGAAGAAAGACACAGAAGAAUGCUUUUUCUGGCCUAUUCUUUUCAUUUAUUUUUGGGUGAUGAAUUUGAAGUAUCCAAGUUUUCAAAAUGUAGUCUCAAGAUGUUAGUUAUCUGAAAAUGUUGCUCAGUCAGUUAAUUUGGCCCUGACUCGCUUAAGGGAUAGCAUAGUAAAACAUGUUCUGAGGUUGCUUCCAAAAAUGUUGCCUUUGCUUUGUGCGAUGUCACUGUUAUGUUGUUCUCUGCCUAUACUUGAAUGUGACUUGAUAAAUGUCCUGGACUGAUGUUAUUCUAGAGUUUAAAGGCCAAACAGCAUUUUAUUUUAUGUGAUAAAUAGCAUGUGUAUUUUGUCACCCAAAAAGUAAAUCCCAACUCAGUUCAUAUAAGAUGGGUAAGAAGCUACUUGGUGAUUAGAAAGGGAAACAUCAGCUCUUCGGUUGUUUUUGGAUGUAACUUCACGAAAUAAAUAAUGAAGUGUUAAUUUGUUAUUUAGAAAUCUGAGAAAUGAAUGCCCUGAUAUUGAAUUUUUGUUUUAAAUUAUCUUUUCCCUCAAAAGUGAAGUGAGUUUAGCUGUCAAGGAAAACUUUUUAGCAAUCUAGAAGAAAAACGAAAGACUUUGGUUUAAGGCCGACACUGUAUGAUAAAAUUCAGUCUCAAGAUUAUUAUAUUAAAAACCCAAAUUCAUUCAUUUAAAGUUUAUUGAACUUUAUUAAAAAAUCAGUGAGGUAAAAGUUUAUUAUAAACACCAAAAAUUUAACAAAAUACAUGAAGAUAAAGGAAGUAACAUUUCAAGUUUUUUUUUCUGAAAUUGACAAGCAGAAAAAGAAAUGCCAUUUCCCUGAGGUUCAAAAAUGCCUUCAAAACAUUAGGUGUAUUUUUAAAUGUUACUUUUUUUCUGCUAACAUUCAUAAAAGAUGUUUCAGUUUCAUCAGAAAGGUGGAAAUUUUCCAUUAAAUCACUUACGGUCUUUACAACAUAUUUUUUUUCAGUUUUGGAAGUAAUAUGUCCAUAUUCCUUUCAUCGUUGAAAGGAAUUUAGUGUGCAUAUAUUCAGCAAAUGUUUCUGAUUUUAAGUGUCUUCAACCCUGAAUUAUCAUUCAUAUGUCCUAAAAAUAAAAGGUCUUUAAAAUAAAAUCAGUUGAUUCCAUUUUUCUUAAAAUUUCCGUGAAAUCAAAAUGUCUGAAGUAGCUUCUCCUUUUCCUCAGGGGAAAAAUGAAACUAAAUGCUUUAUUUUCAUCCCUUACUCUUCAACAUGGAAGCAACUUAGAGACCUAAGCCACAUAAAUAAGUUAAAAGAACCAAAAUAACUACAUUAGCUUUAGUAAAAUUGUAGAUAGAUGUAAAAUAAAAGAAACAAUAGCUUUUUUUCUCAAGAUAGUAGACUUCAGCCAAUUUUUGUGUGUAACCACUUCUGAAACUAUCUAACCUUUCAGAUAACUCCUACCUUUCUGUUAUUAACCCAAAGAAAUUAAAAGAAGUAGACAAAAAUUUGCUAUAUUUUAUCCCAAUCCAUAGAAGAGGUGAAUAUUUUGGGCAACAUCUAAGCUUACUUUUUUUUUUUUUUUCCUUUUUUUUGAGUAGUGGUAAGGUCCACAAUUAGAGGAGGCUUCUUACUGAUUUUAUACAGAAAGAUGCAGAAAAGGGGCAUAAAUGAAAUGAAAAUGAUUUGGAAAAGAUUAAGAAGUUAGUGCUCUGCUGAAGUGCCUUUGAUACAGACUUGCUUUAUUAGAAGGAUAUAAUGACAUCUUUCUUAAAUGUGCAUUUUCUUUCUGUUAGGCAAAUUCAACAGAUGUGCAGUUUUUAAUUAAAAAAAAUAUAGAGCUAGUGUUUCACGUUGGAACAAUUAAUUUUGCAUGUAAGUAACAAAGAUCUCUUUCUUUUGUGUGUUUAAUUCUUUUUUUGAAUCUGCCAUAUAUUGAUAAAUUCUUUAUGUUGACGUGAAAUUAGAAACUAUACAGUAGAAUAUUGCAUCUCUUCAAUUUUUAAGUGCUUUUUCCCCCCUCUUUUAAAUAAAAAUGUUUCAUUUCUCAUCUUGGUAAUGGAAUAUGUAUGUUGACAUAAGGAUAUACCAUUCAAGUAUGCCACUUAUUUUAUUCAUUCUUACAUAAAGGAAAUGAGCAUAUGUAGUCCAAGGGCUUUUCUAGAAGUACUUCUUUGGUUUCAGAAUAAAACAUUAUUUUUUAUACACUGCACAUUCUGUUCUCAGUUGGGAAUUAAUUUAUCUUUUCUAAUGAUCUAAAGUGUAUAACUUCUCAUUUAUGAGUAGUUCACAAACUUCCUGUUAAAAAGCAGAAGCCAUCCACAUUUUUCUUAACCCAAGUGAUAAUAAAUGAACAAUAUUCACAACUUUCUUAAAUUUUUAAAUUGAAAACCUAUACAGUUUUUUGCAAAUAUAAACCUAGAUAAUUUUGGUCACAAAUUGUUAACAUUUGUAUAUCCUUUGUACAUACUUUGGAUAUAUCUUAAAGGCAAAAUUAUCCCUCAAUUAACUGAUGGAUUUGUUUACUAAAGCACAGUUAUAUGUAUUUUUGAAUGCAUAUUGUGAUCUUGAGACUUUAUAAAAUCAGUUUUUAUGAUAUUUAUGCAGUUGUAUAGGGAUUAAGCCCUUUUUUAAUAUAUAGUAUACCACGGAAGUCACAACUGUUGAGGAAUAAAAGCACUUCUUUGCUUUGGCAAUCAUUUUUAGAUCAUUCUGUGUGUGUUUGAACCCUCUGGUAUCAAUAUGUAUUAUAGGAUUUUAGUGAUUUGUGGUUCAAAUAAUGUCCCUCAAAACUGCCCAGAAAAGUGAAGCUCAAAACUACAAGCUAAUUUUUAAUGUAUGAGUUAUUUACUUUUCCCCAUGUACCAACAUUGUAAAAGACUUUGACUGUAUUAAUUUCCACCUCAGACCUAGAAUUGACAUUUUGCCCUCUUAUUUCCAAGUGUUUCUAUCUUUCAUACUCUUUCAUUAGAGGAAUCUCUCCUUUCAGUGUAUUUAUUACAGUUACUACUAUAUUUACUGUUGAAAACUGUAACAAUCUGAAGAUUUGUAAAAUGUUAAACAUAGUUCAUUAAAGAUAAUACAAAUAAAUCUAAAAAUGUACUUGAUGCAUUGUUUAAUUUCGGGUAAACUACACAACAUUCCUCCCUAAAUUGUCAUUUAAUCUAGUAAAUAUUCGAGUAUUGUGAGUUUUC